AUGGACGACUUUCGGGAUCUGCUCGACGCCUUGCCCACAGAGGACUACCAUGAGCCUCAGAUUCCACCAGCGAAACCAGAUGCUGCGGUGACGGUCUUGUCUCUGCCGACAGAGGUAUUGCAAGAAGUAGCAGAAUACUCCCAAACUCGUGACGUACUGUCUCUCAUGAGAACUAAUAGGGUAUUCUACGCCGUAGGACUGCGUAGAUUCUAUGAAUCUGCCUACUUGUUGGGCAAUCGCUGGACUGGCAUUUUGUCAAAGCUACCAGUUGGAACCGCUGAAGACCUCGUUUCCAAAAUAAAAAGCAACAAGGCUUUUCAACACAAGCUUGGAGUACUCGGUGGUCUACUCUGCCAAAAGCGUCACAUUGCCCAUGUGAAGCGGCUCGUCAUCGUGGACUACCCCGUGUCCGUCAACGGCAAUCAAAGCAAGUUCAAUACGCUUCUACGCUUCCUACUGGAGAACGCGGUCCUGCUGCAGACGUUUGAGUUGCGCGGCGUUUAUGCAGACGACAAGACGCUAGACUUUGCAGACAUGCAACUCCCAUUCAAAUAUCUCCAACACAUCACGACUAAAGACCUCACAACUCAACCAACAGCGUCCAUCAUCAAGCAAGUCAAUCUGGCCUCCUUGCAGGUCAUCUCUUAUGUUUCCAUCCCAGAUUUGAUUGGUACGAUAAUAAACUCGAGUACGACUUUGUCGUAUCUGAGCUGUCGUAUCCAGUUGAAUGGGAAUGUUGAUAUUGAUGAAGCGUAUCAGCAACUGGACGAGCUAGCGGCUUCAAUCCCUUGCGUUGCGACUCUGAGCAUUGGUUUCUGGUCUUAUAUCGAAGCCGAACGCGAGAACGAAUUACGCUGUAUCGGGCGGCUCAUCCAGAAGCUCCCUCGACUGAGGGAGCUCAUAAUCAACCAGAAACAUUGGAGUGAUAACUCCAUGGAAGAAGAGUUGGCAGCGACGCGAAUAUGCUCCGAAGCCAACGGACAACUACAAAGACUUCGUUUGGUUAUGCGUGGAUGA